UUUGACAGCACUAAAAUGAUUGGCUUAAACCACAAAAUGGAAGGGCUUAUGGUGGAAAAACAUGUUAAGUACAUUAUAUCAGUUGAAAAGAAGAAAGAUGAUUUUGAAUCUGUGGUGAUGGAGCAUCUUAGAUUAAGUGGAGCAUACUGGGGAUUGACUACUCUUGAUAUUCUAGGGAAGCUUGAUGUAGUGGAUCAAGAUGAGGUCAUUCCUUGGUUAAUGCAGUGUCAACAUGAAUCUGGUGGAUUUGGUGGUAACAUUGGACAUGACCCACAUAUCUUGUAUACCCUUAGUGCCAUCCAAGUUUUAGCGCUAUUUGAUAAACUUAAUGUUCUUGACAUUGACAAGGUCUCAAACUAUAUUGCAGGCCUGCAAAAUGAAGAUGGGUCCUUUUCUGGUGACAUGUGGGGUGAAAUUGAUACACGGUUCUCUUACAUUGCAAUAAGUUCUCUUGCACUUUUGAAACGAUUGGAUAAAAUCAAUGUUGAAAAAGCAGUACAGUACAUAUUAAGUUGCAAGAAUGUGGAUGGUGGAUUUGGUUGCACACCUGGGGCAGAAUCUCAUGCCGGGCAAAUUUUUUGUUGCGUGGGAGCACUUGCAAUAACAGGCUCUUUACAUCAUGUUGACAGAGACCUCCUUGGCUGGUGGUUAUGUGAACGACAAGUUAAAUCUGGGGGUCUAAAUGGGCGUCCUGAGAAGCUUCCUGAUGUCUGCUACUCUUGGUGGGUUCUGUCCAGCUUAAUUAUGAUAGACAGAGUUCACUGGAUUGACAAGGAGAAGCUUGUAAAAUUUAUUUUGGACUGUCAGGAUAGAGAAAAUGGUGGAAUUUCUGAUAGGCCAGAAGAUGCAGUUGAUGUCUUCCAUACAUACUUUGGAGUUGCUGGUCUUUCACUUUUGGAAUAUCCAGGGCUAAAACCUAUAGAUCCAGCUUAUGCCCUUCCCGUUGAUGUUGUAAACAAAAUCAUCUUUCACAAGUAAUGGGUUAUUUUAUACUCCGUAAUUGUUUGAUUCCAGGACUGCCACCUCUUGCAUCCUAUUUUCAUCAAAUUUGACGAAAUCUUUUGUUGAAGGGAUUUGCUGUGGUACUCGUAGGCUCAUAUACCAUAAGAAUUUCUUCGUCUUUCUUUGGUAUGUUUUUUUUUUUUUUUUUUUAGUCUGUGUGGUUGAGGUGUUUACAUCUAGUGCAAGAUAUUGAUUUGAAACAGGUAAAAUACGUACAAGUUGUUUAAAUUGAAUAGGGUACAUUUUGUUA